AUGUGACAUUAUAAUAUAUAAAAAAUUUAUGUUAGUUUACUUUUUGCCAAUUAGUUUUUAACUGGAAACCCAUAAAACUUAACAUAUGUUUUGACAGCUAACCAUAUGUUGUUAUAUUAACGCAUAAAUUUAGUUUAUGUGAGGACGAUGAGUUAGAAAAGGCUGGUGAUUAUAUAAUCCAUUUCUAAAAAGUUAAGAGUUAAAUGUAAUACUAUGUUCAGCUGUGGAUAUGGUAAAGAGUGCAUAAAGAGUUAUAACUUGAUGGAAAUAGAUGAAGGGUUACAUUAGAGUGUUAGUCUUUUAAGAGAUGAAGCGAGAAAACAAUGUUUAUUCAGUAAUUACAUAUGAUAUGAGACUGGCUAAACCAGUACAUUAAAACUGCAUAAUGUAUUUUAUUGACAAAACAAAAAAAAAAACUAUAAGAACUAUUUUGUAAUGAAUGAUUAGUGACAACUAUUUCAACAAUUAAGAAAGCAAAAUUCUUAUUUAUAUUUUGUGCCGAUGGCACUUAAAAGGUGGUGCACCGUGCAAUUAAACCCAGGAAUCAAGUAAAAUUUCUUAAUAUCUUAAAGCACAAUGGGAUGUGACAUUGCCAGUAACAAAAAGAAAACAAUUCCACACUAUGCAUUACAUAAAUGUAUCGGAAAAGGGAUAAAAUCACUACGAUGAAGCAAACAUAAAUGUACCGUGUCUAUAGAUUUGAAUAUCUUUGAUUUGCGACUGUGUUAUCAAUGUAUAAUACGGGUCACGACAUAACCGGUGACCAUUCUGGAAACAAGAAAAACUAAUAGAAAAUGAACGCAAAGGAAUAAAAUUGCAGGAAUGAAAAUGAAUGGUUGUUCCUUCUCAAAUUUAACAAGAAAUAUUUUUGUUCUUUAUUUCUCUAUAAAAAUGAAUGGUAGGGAAUGAGAAAAAAAAAUUUAUUCUUCAUGAAUAGUGAUAUUUUUCAGGAACAUUAAGGAAUGCAUUAUUCUUCGCCGUUCUCCGGUCACUUUCAUACCUUUAGUGUAUUUAUUUAUUGCUUGAGUAACCAAUAAGACAGAAAGAUAUCAAACACGUGGGCUUCUACCAAGAUUACUGUCAUCCUUGUCUAAAUUAAAAGAAAUCCAAAUACAAGAAACACAACAAGAAAAAUGAUUAUCAGCUAUAGUAUGUUAUUAAACCAAUACUUUUGUUUAUUCUCGCUCUUUUGCAUAGUUUAAGCUAGCUCUAAUCACCAUUAAUGGCGAUGAACCCAUUAACUUUCUAAAGCCAAUCAAAUAAUUCUUCAAAAACCUGACCCACCUUAUAUUGAGUUCAAGUUUAAGUGGUGGUCCAUGGCAGAAACUAUUAUUUUCGAAUAUAUCUGAAUUUAUAUAUGUUAUUCAAACUGAAUAUACAUUGUUUAUAUUUAGUUCCUAAUUUUUUUUUAUCAUGUGUUUAAGUAAAAUAAAAAACAAACUUGGCCCACACUCCACAGUUGUGCCCUCUUUACCAAAACAGAAACCCUAACACUAACUCUCUCUCUUGCAUAUAUAAAAACAAACCUCUUCCACUCUCUACUCAUAAUAUCUCUAAUCACUGAAACAUAAUACACACAAAAUAAGCAUUAAAAAUGGCAGCUAAUUUAGCCUUAUGCGACAGUGAUGUAGAAGAAGAUUACAUAGACAUGGAAGUAACUUCUUUCACAAGCCUCGUACACAAAACUCUCACCAACAACAACAACCCUAGAGAGUUCGAGUUCCAAAUGUCUCAUCGUGGUCCUCUCCAGAUAGACAAAACCACUUCUCCUGCAGACGAACUCUUCUACAAAGGCAAGCUUCUCCCACUCCACUUACCUCCACGUCUCCAAAUGGUCCAGAACCUUCUAGAAGAUCACACCUUUGAUGACGAUUUCUACAGCACACCUUUAGCCACUCCGGUGACUAGCAACACUCCUUUCGAGUCUUGCACCGUCUCUCCGGCAGAGUCUUGUCAAGUGAGUAAAGAGCUUAACCCUGAAGACUAUUUCCCCGAAUAUUCAGAUUCCGUGGAGGAGAAGAAAUCUUGGGGCAAGAAACUGAAGUUGAUCAAGCAGUUAAGUUUUGGAACGAACAUUAAAGCUUCGAGAGCUUAUCUAAGAUCCUUCUUUGGAAAAUCAAGUUGUUCUGAUGAGUCGAGAGUUGCUGAUGAAGGAUCUGUGUUGAGGUAUUCGCGAGUGCAGCCUCCUUUUGGACAAAUCAAAACAGAGAAACCAAAGAAACAGAGUAAUGGUUCUGUUUCUGGGAGCCAUAGGAGAUCUUUUUCGGUUUCUAUGAGGAGACAACCUGCGAAGAGUUCGAACAACAAAUCAUCGAGUAGUUUGGGGUUUCGUCCGUUGCAGUUUUUGAAGAGAAGCACGAGUUCGAGCUCAGAGAUGGAGAAUUCUGUUCAAGGAGCUAUCUUGCAUUGCAAGCAAUCUCAGCAACAGAAGCAGUAUAGUGUCAAUGAGGUUGGAUUCUGUUCGUUGUCAGCUUCAAGAAUCGUAGCGAAUGAUGAUCAAGAACGGGUUCAGCUCUUUAGGGGCUAACUAAAGAAUUAAAUUUGACAUCAAGAAGAUGUGACGAUAAUAAGAGUUAGAGUGAUAGUGAGAAGCGAGAACACUAGAGCGUAGAUUCCUGUCAUCUUCUGAUUUUUAUUCUUAUUUUGCUUCUUUCAUGUUAUUUAAAGAAAUUUCAUAAAUUCAUAUU